AUGCUAGUCACCGUUGUGAAAUUUGGUUUCAAUUUAGCUUUACCGCCAAAACAUACACCUUUGCGGUUCAUCGGUUGUGCUCGAUUCGGCCCCUUUGAAUGCACUAAUGGUCGAAAAGCAUCACAAAUCCUAAAUGCAAAACAACUUCCAAUCGGAGACCUCCGCGGUACGUCCUCUCAGGCUACCCAGUUUGUCAUUGAUUUCUACUUCCUUGUCAUACAUCCGAUGACCAAAGCACCACCUCNCGUAUCAACACCACUGGAAACAUCGUGGUACAGUCGAAAUCGGUCACCGGGGCAUGGGCACAUCCUUUUUCGGUCACACGGAGAAGAACAAAAAGUACGUUCUUUCUGCUAUCUUGUACGUUUACUUUCGCACGCCGUCAAUCUGUCACUUGGAUCGUUUGCUAUUUCCACUUGCCUUGUCUCCCUUUCCGCUGUCUCACUUGCUUUCCGCAGGCCGGCCACCACGAAGGAGAAUACGCUGGACUCCUUCCGAACGGCGGUCCAACAUGGUGCGGAUUACGUAGAGAUGGACGUUCAGCUGACCAAAGAUCAUAAAGUCAUAGUUUAUCAUGACUACGAAGCUGUAAUCAUAUCUAAGAAGAAACGAGGUGGACAACUGUCCUAUCUUCCUAUUGCUAUCAAAGAUUUGACGUACGAUGAUCUUCGGGAAUUGAAGGUCCAUCACUCAAGCGUGUUACAUGAGGACCACAGCCACGAGAAAAUGGACGAAGAAGACCUGGAUCCGAUUGAGCUGCAAUCAUUCCCGUUACUUCGUUCCUGCUUUGAAGAAAUUGAUCCUGAUUUGGGAUUUGUGAUUGAAGUGAAAUACCCGAUGGAAUUCAAGGCUGGAGGAUCUGAAAUGAGCAAUUUCUUCGAAUACAACUUCUAUGUGGAUACGAUACUGCGGGAAAUCUUGUUGCAUGCGGGUACUCGACGGAUCCUACUCUCUUGUUUUGAUCCAAAUGUUUGUAUUAUGUAA